AUGGACGAGCUCGUCGCUCCUCUCGCCAGAGACGCAGCCUUCCAAGAGUACAAGCGGGCCAAGCUCGAAGGUCGCCAGGCCACUCCACCCCAAGGCGCCCGCGCCCUCCCGGCCUCUCCACCGCCUUUCAAUGCCGCAGCUCAGUACGUGAGCAACCAAGGCACCCACAAGUUCGUCGCGCCCGGUCCGGGGGACGAGCGGGGAGAGUGCCCCGGCUUGAACGCUCUCGCCAACCAUGGAUACCUGCCUCACAAUGGCCGUGCUACGAUCCAGCAGUUCAUCGACGGCACCAACGCUGGCUUCGGUAUGGCAAAGGAUCUUGGUGGUUUCCUCGCCGUCUUCGGUGCUAUCAUUGACGGUGAUGGUACCAGCUGGUCGAUCGGUGGUGUGCCACACACUGGUAUCCUGGGUUCGCACAACAACUACGAGACGGACAGCUCGCCGAUCAAGUCGGAUUUGAACCAGUACGGUUCGAAUACGAAGUUCAUCAUGAGCCAGUUCUACAACUUGUAUAACCGCCAACCUAAUGCUGCCACCGCCAACUACAACCUCGAGGUGCUUCGAGACUUCCGUGAUUCCCGUUUCAAGGAGUCUGUUGCCAAGAACCCUUACUUCGCCUACCUGCCCUUCGGUGGUAUUGAGGUCUCCCAAGCCGCCUUCACCUUCAUCUACCGCUUCAUGAGCAACAAAUCUAGCGAGUAUCCAGAGGGCAUCCUCGACAAAGAAGUCCUGAAGAGCUUCAUGUCCGUCACCGGCCCCGAGAACAACCUAAAACACACCCCAGGCUACGAAAAGAUCCCCGACAACUGGUACGAACGCAACCCCGCCGACGAAUACUCCAUCCCCUACUUCGAAGCCGACAUCCUCUACGUCGCCGAGCGCGCCCCCGAAAUCCUCACCAUCGGCUGCAACAAAGGAAAAGUCAACACCUACUCGCCCAUCGACCCGGCCACUCUCACCGGCGGCGCCUACACGGCCCAGCAAGUCGCGAAGAACCCGCUGUGUUUCGGCGCGGAGUUCGUCCUCGCGGAGUUGCCGCUGCUCACGGGGUUGACCAUCCCUGCGGGACAACUUUCUACGUUGACAGGUCAGCUGAGCAAGACUUUGACGGGGAUGGGAUGUCAGAGUAUUGGGAGUGUUAAUCAGAGUGCGUUGACGGCUUGUCCAGAGAUCUCGUUUUAUGGGGGGCCGACGGGGCCGAUUGCGCCAGGGGCUAUUCAGUCGUAG